AUGCCUAUCAGCAAUUACCUUGCAAUAGUAAUCACAUUAAUCCUGAAUAUUCCUGACUACGAGGGCUGGAACGCUGCCUUUACUGUGGGCCCGCAGACAGCCUACCACACACUCGACUCGAUCCGUGCGGCAUUCAACUUCAAAGACAAAGUCAGCCUCCAGCCUAACGCCAGAACGGUACUGUACGGGUUCUCCAGUGGUGUAUAUGCCACUGAAUGGGCUUCCGAGAUGCAGCCCAGGUAUGCGCCGGAACUGACCCAGAUUGUGGGUGCUGCCAUGGGCGGUCCUCCUCCCAACAUUACAAACACCUACAUUUACUGCAAUGGGGGAGAAUGGGCAGAGCUGAACAUGUGGGCAGUGCUAGGCAUAAUGAACGCGGUUCCCGAGAUACAAAAAUACAUCGACGAAGAUCUGCUGGAUGAGCACCGCGAGGAGUUUUAUGGUCCCAUGAGACGCUGCAGUCGCCACUUCGGCGUGGAAGAAGUUCCCCCAUCUCUGGCGUUCAGGAACAUCUCGUCCUUUUUCAAGCACGGAGAUCACUUCUUGUAUAAGUUCCGUGAGACGCUGGAUAACAUUGGCGUUAUGGGGAGGACUGGGGCCCCUAAGUUCCCGAUGUAUAUCUACCAAGGAACGAAGGAUGAGAUCGUGGAUCCGAUCGGAGUUACGAAUCAGCUUGUGCGGGACCUCUGCGAGAAGGGUGGUAAUGUACGCUACGUCCAAUACCUUGCACAAACCAUAUGGAUACCUUGA